CGUAGACGUUGCGGACGUAUAUAAAUACCCCCUCCAUUUCCACACUUCCUUUUCUUUUCUUUCCACAUAUACAAUAGUACUGGAGGGGGAACUCGUUAAUGACUAGAAAAAUUCGCCAAAGACAGUGAUGUGUUCUUGGCUUUCGUCCAGCCAUCUUAGAUACAUGGGAUCCUCGCUGUGAUCUCAUAGCACAUUAUCGAAACACUUUUUAUUUUUGCCAACGCGACGAUGAUGCUGAGUAUCACGAAAGACAUGAAUAUCCAAAUCUCCUUUUUUGAUUCGUUGAACCGCACAGUCCGUGCGUGUGCUAAGAUGUAUAAACUAUUAUUGAGUUUUACGUGCUGAGUGAGCACUGAAGUAAAAAACUUGGUGUUUCAAAAAGAUGUAUAAAUACCCCUCUCUUUUCUCCCUUCUUCCUUCUUUUUUUUUUCUUCUACACACGGUGUCAGUGGUUGGGAAACUCGACAAGAACUGUAAAGAGUUACACAUGAAGUUUCUAGAAGGACAGCAUAUCAAGAACAUAUGUCCCGCGGUCUUCCGAGAGCGCAAACCAUCGCAAAUGUCCUUAUAACCCAAUUAUCAACAAUGAUGAACCUCAUCACCGCCGAACCCUCCUUUAUGACUGGUCGAGCCAAUAUGCCCCGUGCGUAGCUAGAGAAGUAUAAAUACCCCCUCUGAUUCUCUAC